AACGGGAGUGACGUCUUUAAACAUCACCCGUCAGUUCGUUUUACGGGAAGAGAAAUGGAGGCGCCGCAGAAACGAAAACGAAUAAGCCACGAAUUAACACAUUCACAGGCUUCAAACAGUGAAUCUACGCCAUCUACCAGCACAAAUGACCAGAGAGAGGGUUUUGUGGAGGGAUCUAUUGUCCGCAUCACCAUGCACAACUUCCUCACCUAUGAUCACUCAGAAGUUUUCCCAGGGCCCAAACUGAACAUGAUCGUGGGAGCCAACGGCACAGGGAAGUCCAGUAUAGUGUGUGCCAUUUGUCUGGGCCUGGCAGGAAAAACAGCUGUCCUGGGCAGAGGAGACAAGGUUGGUUUGUAUGUGAAGCGAGGAUGUAAUAAAGGCUUAGUCGAGAUUGAGCUAUACAGAGCAAGUGGAAACUUGAUAAUCACAAGAGAGAUCCAGGUUGAGAACAACCAGUCGACGUGGAUGAUCAAUAAAAAGCAUGCCAGUCAGAAAGCUGUGGAGGAGGUUGUGAAAGAACUGCACAUUCAGGUUGGGAAUUUGUGUCAGUUCCUACCACAGGAGAAGGUUGGCGAGUUUGCGAAGAUGAGUAAGAUUGAGCUCCUCGAAGCGACUGAGAAAUCUGUCGGCCCACCAGAAAUGUACGAGUUUCACUGCACACUCAAGACUUUUCGCAACAAAGAGAGGGAACUGGAGAAUGUGUGUAAGGAGAAAGCCAACUUCCUAGAGAAGGCCAGACAGAGGAACGAGAGAAACAAACUUGAUGUGGAACGCUACUACAUGAAGAAGAGACACUUGGACAGAAUUCAGAUGCUGGAAAAGAAGAAACCCUGGGUGGAGUAUGAAACAGCUCGUAAGGAACUUGAGGGAGUGAAGAAAGAAAGAGAAGAAAUGAAGAGGACAUUAAGGUCGCUGAAAGAAGCUCAGGAGCCGCUGCUUAGAAAGAUUCAUUCAGUGGACAGUCAACUCCAGCCCAUUGAGCAGCAGAUGAAGGAGUUGACUGCCAGCAUCAGAGAUGCUUCACAGAAGUGUAAACAGAAGCAUGAGCAGCUUGAACUGAAAAAUAAAGAGGUCGAUGACAUAAGGCAGGAAUUUAGUCUGAAGCAGACAGAGGAGGCAGACCGACAGAAGCGGAUUGGACACACGCUCCUCAUGAUCAAAGACCUGCAGACAGAGCUGCAGAGCAUGGGCAACCAGGAGGACGUCACACCUCAGAUCGAAACCGUCAACGCCAAGCUGAGGAAUAUUCAAGAAGAAAAAGCCAAACUGGAGGGCGAGAGAUUGGAUUUGCGGCGAGAUAAAGAUGAAGCCACCGGAGAACUUAGACGUUUGCAGAAUCGCUUGAGGAGUCUGGAGGACAUGAUGAGGAUAAAAGAGGAGAAACUGCGCAGUCGUUUUCGUGACACUUACAAUGCUCUCAUGUGGCUGAGGAGGAACCGUGAUCGUUUUGAAGGCAAUGUCCAUGAGCCCAUGAUGUUGGUGAUAAAUGUACGUGAUCCACGACACGCAAAAUACAUUGAGAGCCACAUUCCUUUCAAUGACUUGAAAGCCUUCGUAUUUCAGAGACAGGAAGACAUGGAGAAAUUCAUGACCGAGGUGCGAGACUCUCUGAAUUUAAGAGUGAAUGGCGUCAUUGCUCCUUUGGAGUCAUGUGCUAAACGACCACCAUCACGAUCCCUCGACUCCCUAAAGCGAUUUGGCUUCUUCUCAUACUUGCGUGAGCUGUUUGAUGCUCCUGAGGAUGUCAUGAGUUAUUUGUGCCAUCAGUACAGGGUCAAUGAUGUUCCUGUUGGAACAGAGAAGACCAAGAACAUGAUUGAGAUGGUGAUUAAAGAGGCUCAGUUGAGGACGAUCUACACAGCAGAGGAGAAGUACAUAGUGAAGAAAUCGUUUUAUUCUAAUAACGUUGUGUCCAGUAACUCUGCCCUGCGACCCUCUCAAUUCCUCACCACGGCUAUAGAUGCAGAUGAGAGACAACAGCUAGAGGAGCAACUGAGGGCAGCUGAGAGGCAGGUGCAGAUCAUUGAUGACCGGAUGAAUGCCAUUCAUGAGCAACAAGCUCAACUGGACCGCCGUGAUAAUGAGCUCCGUGCCAAGAAGAAACAACUGUCUGAACUGAAGGGCAAGAAGAGACAACUGGAGCAGAAGAUCAGUACAAAACAAGACAGUUUGAGGCAGAUGCAACAGAAUGAGAUCAACCUGCAGGCUGUUGAAGAAGAGACAAACGCCAAGACCUCUGCUGUAAACAACAAGAAGGUGGCCAUAAUGGAGGAGUACUUGACUUACAUGAAGUUGAAGGCCAGGUUGAGUAUGGAUAAGGUGUACUUGGCUCUUCAGAGCGCAGGUCUCACUGCCGAGAAAACCAAACUAGAGACGGACUGCAGGGACAGUUCAGCUGAGCUUAAACGUGCCGAGGUAGCAUAUACCAAGUUGGACCAGACAAAGACCAAUCUGUUGGCCCAGUGUAAGACCCUUAUGAGGAGGGCCAGUGAGAUCUGUAACAUGACCCCUGGAGAAACGGUGGUCCCAGAGGAACUACAUGCAGCCUUCAGUCAGCUGCCUGAUACUCUGGAUGAGAUUGAUGUCAUGUUGAAUGAGGAGAAGGCCAGAGCAGAGUGUUUCACUGGCCUCAGUGAUACUGUGGUGGAGGAGUACAACCGACGUGAGCAGGAGAUUAAGAACAUGGAGAAGGAGCUGGAUGACAAGACCAAUGCUCUCAACACUUAUAGACAAAACAUUGCUGAGGCGAAAGAGCGCUGGCUUAAUCCUCUAAAGCAGCUGGUGGAUCAGAUAAACGAGAUGUUCAGUGAUUUCUUUCGCUCUAUGCAGUGUGCAGGAGAGGUGGAUCUGCACUCAGAGAAUGAGGAGGAGUAUGAUAAGUACGGCAUCCGCAUCAGAGUGAAGUUCCGCAGCAGUACACAGUUGCAUGAGCUCACCCCUCACCAUCAGAGCGGAGGAGAGCGCAGUGUGUCCACCAUGCUGUACCUCAUGGCCUUACAGAAGCUCAACCGCUGCCCAUUCAGAGUGGUCGACGAGAUCAACCAGGGCAUGGACCCUGUCAAUGAGAGACGAGUCUUUGACAUUGUUGUGAGGACGGCUUGCGGUCUGAACACGUCUCAGUAUUUCUUCAUCACACCUAAGCUUCUACAGAAUCUGCAGUAUGCUGAGGAAAUGACCAUUCUCUGUGUACACAAUGGACCCCACAUGCUGCCUCCAAACAAAUGGAAUGACCAAGCCUUCCUCAGACGUGCCAAACGCCGAAAUGUUCGCUGAAGACUACGUUUAUUGGUUGAUAGUUGUUAUUAAACUUAAACGUUAUGUUCAGUAUA